GCUCCAUGUCGCUCAGGUAGUUUCUCCCACCUUCAAAGGAGCAUAUACCUAGUCAGCUACUUAUGGGACAUCGCCUGAGAUAUAUCAUGGCAUAUACUCCGGUCGGAUAUUUCGAGCCGGACCACAGUCCGGCCGCGCCCGUGCUUGCCGGAGGCGACUUUUUGAGUGUCUCCUGAACUUGUGCGACUAGGAGAAACUCGCAAUUCGUGCUUGCUUCCUCUCCUAACUACGGUCACUCUGAAUCUCAAGAUGUCAUCAGUAUCCUCGUCGUCUCGUGGCGGCGCUGCCUGGGGAGCACUACAGCGCCCCUCGGAGUACUAUCAUCACUUCGGUCCUACCUUGAACGAACUCUCGUUCGGUCUCCUGGGGUGGUCAUUCCAGCCCCAGCGUGACAUUAUCGACCUUUCAGAGAAGGUGAUUCUGGUCACAGGAGGCAACACCGGCCUCGGAAAGGAAACUAUCGUCCAGCUCGCCCAGCACAACCCAGCCCGCAUAUACCUUGCCGCGCGCAAUGAGAUCAAAGCCCGAGAUGCCAUCGUCUCAAUUCGGGAGCAGAUCCCAUCCGCCGUAGACAUCAGAUACCUGCCUCUAGACCUGGGGUCGUUAGAAUCUGUCCGUGCCGCCGCCGAGCUCUUCCGCGCGGAUUGCGACCGUCUGGACACCCUGAUUCUCAACGCGGGCACCAUGAACAACCCGACCAAAUUCACAGAGGAUGGGUUUGAGCUACAUAUGGGCACGAAUCAUGUUGGACACUUCUUGCUGACGACCCUGCUGCUUUCGAGCAUGCAGAAGACUGUUGCGCUGUCGCCGGACGUCCGCGUGGUGUCGCUGAGCUCUGCUGCCAACGUCGGCUCUCCCCCAUUGGAGAUCAUGACCUCUGCUUCCGCUCUAGCAGAGCACCACGGCUUGGUCCGGUAUAGUGCAUCUAAGGCGGCGAAUAUUCUCUUUGCUUCGGAAUUGGCCCGACGCUAUCCGGAGAUCCUCUCCGUCUCGGUGCACCCCGGUGCAGUGGCCAGUGAGCUCUAUGAGCAUACAAUGAAGCUGAACCCCGUGGUCCGGCUUGGUCUUGGUGUAAUCAAGGGUGCCUUCUGUAGGUCUCUGCGCACUGGAGCCCUCAACCAGCUCUGGGCGGCGGGAGUGAAGCGGGAGUCUCUAGUCAAUGGCGCCUACUACGUUCCCAUUGGCGUUCAUGCCAGCGGUAAUCCGUAUGCCAAUGAUGCGGACAUGGGACGACGUCUAUGGGAGUGGACUGAACAGCAGAUUGCUGAGCGGUCUUGACUGCUCCCGGGGCCUCCUUCGUGACUUUCUUGGCAUUUUUUGUAUUUGAUUUCGAGAUUAGCGAGUUUCCAUGGGCAAAGGAGUUCUUAAUCAUGUUACCAACAGUCUACUUAUCGAGGCUCUUACAACAGUUGAGGUGGCAUUGUGUCUGGACCUCAGGCAGUGGAUGAAUAUCAGAUUACCCGAAUAGGUAUGGGAUGCCGGGGCGCGGGAGGUGAAUAUCCAGGGUCCGUCAUGACGGGCGGCUGAUGAUAGUCUCAUUUGCCAAAACUCAGGUAAAGAAUGCUCUCAGGCGAUCGCAGUGAUAUCUGAACAUCUCGCCAGUAUGCUAGUUAAUGAUAG